AUGGACAUAUCUGAGUUCUCAGUGGACUGGCUACCUGAGCAUCCACCAAACUUCAUGAAGAGGAUGCGAGAGCCCUCUGAGAAAUCCAAUAAGGCAAAGAAAGUAAAGCUGGGAGAAUCUUCUGGGUCAAGACCUCCAGUCCCUCUGGCUAACUCUCCAAGUAAGUAUAUACCACUUUCUCGCUCUGUAAAACUUCAACCCAUUGCUUCUUCUCUUCCCCAAACAACUCCCAUAUACACCUCAUCUGAAACACCCCCCACAACCACCAGAACAUCUAACCCACCCUCUCUAAAAUUCAACCUUGCUACCACCACACUACCUAUUUCUGAAGCAGAAAUGCUGAAUGAAACUACCUUUCCUUCCUCAUCAUCCUCACCUCAAUCCCCACCAUACUAUGUCCUCUCCUCUGACAAUGAACCCUCCGACCCUCAAUCCCCCACUUUAGCUCAGCUUCUCGCUCGUGCUCUGGCUUCUCAACAACCAUCACAAACUGAACCUGAACCAGAAGUCACUUCUUCACCUCCUGAACAACAAAAUCCACCUCCUGAAUAA